UAAUUAAUCCGUGAUGCGAAGUUUGUUAAGAAGCUCUAUAAUUGUCUCAUAUUUUAGAUCCCGGAUAUGCUUCUAUUCAAUCUUCGUCCAUUCGAGAUUGCACCUCAUCCAUUAGAAUAGACCUUUCACCUAGACACCUAUUACCCAAAUCCUACACUUCUACAACAGAAAAAUGGCGAAUCGUCCGACGCUUGUCCCACCUCCUCCUAUUAACCCUUCGAAAUCUGCCAUUGAGAAUGUAUUAGAACUUCGAGAACUCAGUCAAAUUGGGCCGGUAAGCGUUGGGUAUCCUAUAACCUCGCACAGUAGUUGAUCAGUCUUCAUGGGCUAACAAAACCUCUCCCCAGGACAUCUUCACAAACACUCACCCCUUAUGGCUUCCUCCUAAUGCACGAGGUGUAUACGGAGGAGCAAUCAUCGCACAAUGUCUUGCAGCGGCACAAUGCACUGUCCCGCGUAACUUUACCGUACACAGCAUGCACUGUUAUUUCGUCCUAGCUGGCAACUCUAGUUUACCAGUCAUGUACUACGUUGAACAUGUCCGCGAAGGUCGUUCGUUCGCUACCCGCACAGUGCAAGCACGUCAAAAGGGGCAAUGUAUAUUCACGACCACAAUGUCUUUCGUGAGGGAGGACAGCGGAGGCAAACAGAAGGUUAACCAUGCGGUUCCAAUUCCAAAGAAUAUUAGACCACCCAAGGAGGAUGACGAAUUGUUCCAAAUGGAGAUGAAUAUUGAUAGUCCGUUUAUCAGUCAGAGGCUUGAGGUAUUGAAUGCCGAGUCUGGGAAGCCGCAUGAGCAGAAAAUGAGGCAGUGGAUCAAGGCGAGGGGAAGGAUUAGUGAGGAAGGUGGACAUCAGGCGCAUUUGAAUGCCUUGGCUUAUAUGAGUGACAGCUAUUUCAUUGGCACUGUUGGUAGAAUACAUAAGCUCUGGAGAUUUGGUGACGAAGUAAAGAGGAAGGAAGGUGACAACCCGGAGGAGACCGAGAAGGAUAAGUACGUGAAGAAACUGAAAGAAGCAGAAGGAUUCGGAGAUGAUUUGAACAACGAUAAGAAGAGACCGGAGAUUGGGAUGGUAGUUAGUUUAGACCACACAAUAUAUUUCCAUGAGCCCAGGAGGUUUAGGGCGGAUGAGUGGAUGUUUGCCGAGAUGUCCAGUCCAUGGUCUGGGGAAGGGAGAGGGGUGGUCACACAACAUCUGUUUGCUCAGGAUGGCACAUUGAUUGCUACUUGUUUUCAAGAGGUAUAUUGUCUUUUUUGGACUAACGGUUGGCAUGUUGCUAACGAAUUGUAUAGGGCGUUGUGAGACUCAAGCAGGAUGACUCGGAGAAAGCCAAGUUGUAAGAGGAUUUCGGCUACGAUGGAGAGAUACUGGUGAAUCUUGCCUGUAAGUAUCAUCGCUGGGAUAAGGUGAGGGCAAAGAACGGGGUAGAAGGAUUUGGCAAGUUGUAUUUUAUUAGACUUUUUAGGUUUCAUUUACCAUACCAUCUUCGUAGGUUUGGCUCUUGAGGCAAACCUAGGGCAAACCUACAGAUAUUUCGAGGAGGCGUUAGACAUUCUGGAUUCUGUAUUGGAUACUGGAAUCA